CUCCGCCCGCUGCCCGCCGCCGUUGCGAGGCUCCUGCGGGGCUGGAGGUUGGGGCAGGGCGGGUGGCGCAGAGCCGGGACCCUCCCGGCCACCGCGGCUCUACCGGUGGUACAGAAACCCGGGGCUGGCGGGUGGAGCGGAGCGGGGCGGGGGGGGGUUUGCUCCCCAUGAAGCGCCGGAGGAUGAACAAGCUGUACAUCGGGAACCUCAGCCCCGCCGCUACCGCCGAGGACCUCAAGCAGCUUUUCGGGGAGAGGAAGCUGCCCCUGGCCGGCCAGGUCCUGCUCAAGUCCGGCUAUGCCUUCGUGGAUUACCCGGACCAGAACUGGGCCAUCCGCGCCAUCGAGACCCUCUCGGGGAAAGUGGAGCUGCACGGCAAAGUGAUGGAGGUGGAUUAUUCCGUGCCCAAAAAACUCAGGAGCAGGAAGAUCCAGAUCCGCAACAUCCCCCCCCACCUGCAGUGGGAGGUGCUGGAUGGCCUCUUAGCUCAGUAUGGGACGGUGGAGAAUGUAGAGCAAGUCAACACAGACACAGAAACAGCCGUUGUCAACGUAACGUAUGCGACUAAAGAAGAAGCAAAAGUAGCAAUUGAGAAGUUGAGCGGCCACCAGUUUGAGAACUAUUCUUUCAAGAUUUCCUACAUCCCGGACGAAGAGGUGAGCUCCUCUCCGCCCCCCCAGCGCUCCCGCCGCGGGGGCCACUCCUCCAGGGAGCGGGGCUCUUCCCCGGGGGGCUCCUCGCAGCCCAAACAGCUCGAGUUCCCACUGCGGAUGCUGGUGCCCACGCAGUUUGUUGGUGCGAUCAUAGGAAAGGAGGGCUUGACCAUAAAGAACCUUACUAAGCAAACCCAGUCCAAGGUUGACAUCCAUCGGAAGGAGAAUGCUGGCGCUGCCGAGAAGCCCAUCACCAUCCACGCCACGCCGGAGGGCUGCUCUGAGGCGUGUCGCAUGAUCCUUGACAUCAUGCAAAAGGAGGCAGAUGAAACGAAAUCAGCAGAAGAGAUUCCCUUGAAAAUCCUAGCACACAACAGUCUGGUGGGGAGGCUGAUCGGCAAGGAGGGCCGCAACCUCAAGAAGAUCGAGCAGGACACGGGCACCAAGAUCACCAUCUCCCCUUUGCAGGAUUUAACCAUUUAUAACCCUGAGCGGACCAUCACAGUGAAGGGCAGCACGGAGGCCUGCUCCAAAGCCCAAGUGGAGAUCAUGAAGAAGUUGCGAGAGGCCUACGAGAACGACGUGGUGGCCGUCAACCAACAAGCCAACCUGAUCCCAGGUCUGAACCUCAACGCCUUGGGCAUCUUCUCAACAGGGCUGUCCAUGCUGCCAUCCACCCCAGGGGCCCGAGGGGCUGCGGCAGCCACUCCCUACCACCCAUUUGCAAGCUCCUCGGCGUAUCUCUCGGGUCUGUAUGGAGCCCCCCCAGGCAGUGCCUUCCCCCAUCAGCACCCCCUGCCGGAGCAGGAGGUUGUGAACUUGUUCAUCCCGACGCAAGCAGUGGGGGCCAUCAUCGGGAAAAAGGGGCAGCACAUCAAGCAGCUAGCGCGGUUCGCCGGGGCCUCCAUCAAGAUUGCGCCAGCAGAGGGUCCCGAUGCCAGCGAGCGGAUGGUCAUCAUCACGGGGCCGCCCGAGGCGCAGUUCAAGGCCCAGGGGCGAAUAUUUGGGAAACUGAAAGAGGAAAACUUCUUUAACCCGAAAGAAGAAGUGAAGCUUGAAGCUCACAUCAAGGUGCCUUCCUUCGCCGCCGGCCGCGUCAUCGGCAAAGGUGGCAAGACGGUGAACGAGCUGCAAAACUUAACGAGCGCGGAAGUGAUUGUGCCGCGAGACCAAACCCCGGAUGAGAACGAGGAGGUCAUCGUUAAAAUCAUUGGGCAUUUCUUUGCCAGUCAGACUGCACAGCGCAAGAUCAGGGAAAUCGUCCAGCAGGUGAAGCAGCAGGAGCAGAAACACGCUCAGGGAGCCCCGGCCGCGCAGCAGCACAGCAAGUGAGGCUCCAGCGCCGCCCCACGAAUGUAACCCCAGUGCCGGACAGGGGAGCAAACCAAAGACCCCAAAAAAACCCACCCCCCCGCAGCCGGGGCUGCACAACCGAAGGGUGUGGGGAGGGCUCUAAGCAUCCCCAGCGCCUCCCGGCGUCUCCCUUUAGUUGGACUAACAUAGGCAGAGACAGACAGAGAGAUGACUUUAACUCCCUAAAAUCCACCCGUUCCAUGCAGGUACGGCCGGAGGAGCUCGCCCGGCACUGGGGGGGUGCAGCGCUCGGCCCUUUUUAGAAUUAAUAUAUCGGUAACGGAACUAACGCCAAUUUUUAAGUUUUGUAAGAAUGAUGAUGAUUAUUUUUUAAACUUUUUUUAAUUGCAAAGGGGUCAGGGCGGAGGGGGACAUUUGUUUUUAGCGCAAGCCGGCUUGUCUAGAGUUUUACGAAAAGGAGCUAGUCCAUUGGUUCUCUAAUGCACAGUAGAGCUGAGAUGUAGGAUUGUCAGCAAGGGGGAAAUAUAUAUAUAUAUAUAUAUAUAUAUAUAUAUAUAUAUAUAUAUAUAUAUAUAUAUAAAAUGAGUGUUAAAAAGUGGUUUCAUCAGGGCUUUGAGAAGAGCAGUGCCUGUAUGAACCAACAGAAGGGAUACCGGCUCCAAAACCAGAGGGAUUUCUCUUUCACGCACCCUUUCCUCUUGGCUUCAGAGGCCAAAACUGGGGUUCGCAUCCAUCUGUCUGUCCGUCCCCCCGCUAACGUCCCUCGGAAAGGAAGGGAAUUUGGGGGAAGAAAAUCCCUUUUGCAGGGAGAGGAGGAGGAAACUGGGGGGGAAAAAACAACCCAACAGAUUUAUAAGAUGAGCGAAACGUUUUGAAAAUGAAAACCCGAGCACAGCAACCCCACGCGACACACACAAACUACCUCAGGUUUUCGUACCUCAGCACCUUGCGCUUGUGUUUCCCUUUUAGAUAUUUUUUGUAUGCCUUGUAAAACUCAUAGUUGGAGCAAUUUUUUUAUUUUUUUAAUAAAAAAAAAACAAAAUAAAAGAAAACGAGUCGGAAACAAAACAA